UUUGUCUAGUUACAAGAAAGACAUGGAAGGAGUCCAAAGAAAGUGCUAUCUCUCAGAUGUAGCUCCUGUAGUAGGUAUUGCCAUUUUUGGACUUGGUCGCAUAGGAACCAUCCAUCUGGACAAUCUCAGAAGAAAUCCUAGAGCUCAUAUCAUGUACUGCGUAGAAGAAUCUGAAGAACGAGUGAAUUUUGUGCAGAACAAAUGGAGACUUCUGGAACCCGAAACGACAUUUCUGAAACCUUCAGAACAAGAUACUAUCUUCAAAGAUAAAAGAGUUGACGCUGUUUUGGUGUGUACCCCAACUUUCACUCAUGAAGAAUUAGUGCUUAAAUCUCUUGAAACCGGCAAAGCAGUAUUUUGUGAAAAACCCUUAGCUCUGGACGAUGAAGGAAUUGAAAGGUGCCUAGAGGCAUCGAAAAAGUAUUCCAAACCCCUGUUGACUGCUUUUAACAGACGCUUUGAUCCAGGUCUUAGAUGUCUAAAAUCUCGUGUUGAUUCAGGUGAAAUCGGUAAAGUCCAAGUUGUAAAAACGUGCAGCCGAGAUUCCCCGAAACCCGGCGUAGAUUAUCUUAAAAUAUCAGGUGGUAUAUUUCACGAUUGUGCAGUGCACGAUAUCGAUUACAUAUGUUGGCUGCUCGGUGAAUAUCCAGAGAAUGUCUCAGCCUUUGCGCACGCCAAUUACGAUGAUGUAAGAGAAUUAGGUGAUUACGACACAGUAAGCAUCAUGAUGAAAUUCUCCAGUGGAACUCUUUCUGUCACUGAUCUCAGCAGAUGUGCAGUUUAUGGUUAUGAUCAAAGAGUAGAAGUAUUUGGCCCCAAUGGGAUGCUAACUUGCGGAGAGCAGAGGCCAACGGGAGUGAAAAGUCAUAACGCAAAAGGGUCAACUGCUGUUCCAAUAUUCUUCUCGUUUGCCUCCCGUUAUCAGGAGUCGUAUUUAGCAGAGAUGGAGCAUUUUCUCAGUGUUGUUCAAGGCUUUGAAGAAUGUGAAGUUAGCGUAGAAUCUGUUUUGGCCAUAUCCAGAAUAGCAUCAGCGUGUGAAGAAGCGGUAAAAACUGGAAAGAGUGUCCCACUGCACUGGGACAAGCACAUGAAUGGACUUUAAACAAUUAUUAUAGCAAAAGAUUCCUAAUUAUAUCACAUAUGUAUUUUAUCUUAAAAAAAAUGCUUUUAAUGAAAAUCGUAUGUAUUUUCCAAAAAUUAAAAUUUUACUUUUAUUUACGAGA